GGCGAUGGGGAAGCUGUUGCUGUGGGUCGGGCUGGUUCUUGUGCUGAAACACCACAAUGGUGCUGCCCACAAGCUGGUGUGUUAUUUUGCCAACUGGGCAUUCAGUCGGCCAGGCCCUGCUUCGAUCCUGCCCCGGGACCUGGACCCCUUUCUCUGCACCCAUCUGGUCUUCGCCGCCUCAAUGAACGACAGUCAGAUUGUGGCCAAGGAUGCCCGGGAUGAGAGCAUCUUCUACCCAGAGUUCAACCAGCUCAAGGAGAGGAACGGGAAGCUGAAAACACUGCUAUCCAUCGGAGGGUGGAACUUUGGCACAUCCAGGUUCACCACGAUGCUGUCCACCUUCACCAACCGGGAAAAGUUCAUCAGGUCUGCCAUAGGCCUCCUGAGGACACAUGGCUUCGACGGGCUGGACCUCUUCUUCUUGUACCCUGGACUCAGAGGCAGCCCCAGGCGUGACCGCUGGAACUUUCUCUUCUUACUUGAAGAGCUCCUGCUUGCCUUCAGGAGGGAGGCACAGCUCACCAUGCGUCCGAGGCUGCUGCUCUCUGCUGCUGUCUCUGCGGAUCCGCAUGUCAUCCAAAAAGCCUAUGAUGUGCGCCUUCUGGGAAGACUCCUGGAUUUCAUCAAUGUCUUGUCUUAUGACUUACAUGGAAGCUGGGAGAAGGUCACGGGACACAACAGCCCCCUAUUCUCUCUGUCUGAUGACCCCAAAUCUUCGGCGUACACCAUGAAUUACUGGCGAAAGCUUGGGGCGCCCCCGGAGAAGCUCCUUAUGGGUUUUCCCACAUAUGGACGGACUUUUCGCCUCCUCAAAGCCUCUAAGAAUGAGCUGGGGGCAGAAGCUGUGGGACCAGCAUCCCCAGGGAAGUACACCAAGCAAGCUGGCUUCCUGGCUUAUUAUGAGGUUUGCUCCUUUGUCCAGAGAGCGAAGAAGCGCUGGAUUGAUCAUCAGUAUGUGCCAUACGCCUACCGGGGGAAGGAGUGGGUCGGCUAUGAUGAUGACAUCAGCUUCAGUUACAAGGCGUUUUUCAUAAAGAAGGAGCAUUUUGGGGGAGCCAUGGUGUGGACUUUGGACCUGGAUGAUGUCAGGGGCACUUUCUGUGGCACUGGCCCUUUCCCCCUUGUCUACAUGCUGAAUGAUCUCUUGCUCAAGGCUGAGGUUAGCUCAACUCCUUCACCGGGAUUUGGGCUCUCAACCACUGUGAAUUCUUCAAGAACUUGCCCUGAAAGCCUGGCUGUGACCAAGGAUUUGACCACUGAUUUGGGGAUUUUGCCCCUAGGAGGAGAGGCUGUGGCCACUGAGACCCAUGGGAGGUCUGACAAUAUGACCGUGACCCCUGGAGGUGGGCUUGUGGCCCCUACAAGGCCAACGCUGUCCUUUGGGAAGCUCACUGUCGCUCCAGAAGGGAAGACUGAGAGCCCUGGAGAGAAGGCCAUGACCCCUGUGGGCCAUCCGUCUGUGACCCCUGGUGAUAUGUCUGUGCCUCCUGUGCCUAUUCAGACUGGGGACAGGAUCACGCCCCCAAGACGCCAGGCUGUAGCCCCUGAGAAGAUGACUCUCCCCUCUGGGAAGAGGUCAGACUGAGUCUAAGAGGAGAAUUUGACCUCUGAGGUCGACACUGACGCCCUGGUGAGUUACUUCAUCGUCAGACAGAAGCUGAAAACUAGACGCUGCCCUCUGGUCCUGUCAUCUCCCCCAGACACAGUCCUCUUGCUUUUGACACCUCUUUGUUCCUGUUAAUGGAAUCAUCCCUCUGACGACUUGAUAACCCUUCCAAUGAGUCCCCUAAACAGUGAAAACGCAGAGAAGUCUACUGUGCAUCCCGGAUCCUGAGCUCCGUGGGUGGCAGAAGCUGGGGAAAGUCCUGGUCUUUUCUUCUGGCUUCCCUGACAGAAGCUGCCUCUGCCCAGCCCUUCAUAAAUCUUUCUUGGGCAAAGCAGGCCCCAGGCCACUGUGAGUUAAUCUCUUUUCUGUUGAAUAAACUGGAAGCACAACAA